AUGAGAAACAAAGAGUUCCUUGUUGAGUCAAUUUUACCAAUUGUUGUGGCAGCUAUGCUUUCAUUAAAAGGUAUAAUAAUGAUUGAGAUGAUUAGGUCAAAUAUAAGCAAUUUAAUAAUUGAUGCCUUUAAUGUAUGGUAUUGCAUUGACUUCUACACAAAGAUCUAUGAUGAUUAAGUUAGUAGAAGAGAAAAGUAAAAGGUAUAAAGAAUUACAGAAAGUAAGUAUAUAAAUAAAAAACUUAUUAGAUUAUGGGUGUGAAGGAUAAUGCAUAUCUUUAUGGUUGGGUAAUAACUGGUUAUAUAAGAAUUGCAAUUGUAAAUAUAAUGGUUUUAAUUUUAGUCUUUAAUAAUAUUUGAAGUAUGUUGGUAUGUAUGUAAUAUAGUUUUUAAUAUUGAUUGGGAUGAAGAAUUUCAUAUAUCUUUUUUAUCUCUAUUAUGGCCUUAUGUAUUAUUUGCUUUUGCUGUAAGAAUAUAUAUUAAAUACAUUAGGCAAUGAAUUAGAAUUUUUUUUUAUCAAGUUUAUUUAAUGAAGUUAAAAUUGCUGGUGAAAUGUAAUCAUUUAUAUAGAUUGCUUUUAUUUUUUUCAUAUAUUUUUCAUUUGUAGAAAAGUUGGCUGAUAAGAUGAUAUUUUAUAUUUUUUUGACACUUAUAAGUCCAUAAUGUGGAAUAUCCUUUUCGUAUAUAUCAGCAAUGAAUAGUUAAAGUGGAAAUGAUUUAACGAAAUUGAAUUUAUUCCCAACUGAUAUAAUUAGUAGUACAUAUUCAACUUAAAUGGCUGGUAUUCAAUUAGGAGUACAAUUAAUUGCUUAUUUCAUACUAUUUUUGUAUUGUGAAUAAGUUGUUCCAAAUGAAUAUGGAAUAGCUAAACAUCCUUUAUUUAUAUUUGGAGUCUCUUAUUAGAAAAAAGCAAANAUAACAUAUAGAGUUCUAUAAUUUUAACAAAAAAUAUUCAAAUUCUUUAUGUAAUUAUUAUUGAGAUAAUGA